UCUGUCAAAAUGGCACGAGCGUUUUUGCCUCGCUACCACCAGAACAUCAGGCAAAAAAAAACUAUGGUAAAGUCAAAAAGUUACCACGACGAUACUUUCGCUCCUUGUGCCAGCUUGUAAUUUUCGGAAAAUCUCGUCAGUUUUGGGCAGUAAGUCCAAAAGAUUUAUGCUCAAGCGGUGGAAAAGCUACUGCAGUACACCAUGGAGGAAGAUUGGGAGCAAUUGAGUGAACGGGAGAAGGUGGUUCUUCCAAUCAAGAAACCCGUCGCCAACAAAUGGGAUGGCGAAGAUGAAGAAGAGGAAGUGAAAGACAGCUGGGAGGAUGAAGAUGAGGUGGAAGAAAAGAAGGACGAAGAGAAAGUUGAAACUCCUAUUGCAAAACCGAAGAAGACAUUGCAUCAAAAGAUUGUUGAAAGAGAGAAACAAAAACUAGAAGAAUUAGAGCGACGGAAAGCAGAGCAAGAAAAUGAAAACAUGACUCCCGAACAGAAAUUGGCAGAAAAACUCCGACUUCAAAAGCUUCAGGAGGAAUCCGAUUUGAAAACCGCCAUGGAAACCUUUGGGGUGACUGCACCUAUCGGAGGGAUAGACGGAAUGCAUCCAACCAAUAAAGAAGAAUUUACCGAACUGGCUGAUGCCAUCACGAAGAAGCUCUCAAACUACAGGAGUGAUCCCGAGUAUCCUAAUUUCCUCGAAGAUUUAGUCACUAAAAUAUUUGCAAGUUUACCGUCUGCCAAUAUUAGGAAAGUGAAAGGAGCACUAGAUAACCUCUUCCUAGAGAAACAGAAAUUGGAAAAAGGCGACAAACCCAAGAAGAGCAAAGGAGGUAAAGUCAAGGCUAGGCUACGAAUGGAUGGCGAAAAUACAAACUUCGACGAAUACCCUACUAAAUACGAUGAUUAUGAUGAGUUCGAUGAUUUCAUGUAACAUUCGCUUUGAAAAACUACAUAGCCAAUACAGUGUUUGUGGUCGGUUUAGUCCCGUUCAGAAAAAUAGUACUAGCCAAGAGUGCAAGAGUUUAACAACAAAAAAUUGUUUUCAAAUUGAAAAAUGAUCAGUAGAGACUAACGAUGCUUGAUUCAACUAAGAUUUUUUUUGGAUAUCUGUUACUUGUUCUAGCAUAUUCUAUAGCCAUCAUCAAUAAUCAAAACAUUAAAAGUUGGCAAAUCAUUUGACUUUUUGUCUGUUAACACAUUUUUUUGUAAUCGAUCGUUAGUCAAAAACAAAACGCUGCAGGAAUGAGGGUAUGGUAAAAUGAAUAAAGCAGAAGAGUUAUCGAAAAUAAUAGUAAUCAAUUUUGCAAACCGUAACCAACGCAGAAUACAUACACAAACUAAUGUAAAGCUUUGGGCGAUUGAACCUUGUGAGGGAUAUUCAGUCCUUUGUGGUGUAAAUAGAAGCAAAUCUAAAAGUUCAUCGCAACAAGCACAA